CCCCCAUCAUUCGAUCACUCCCUACUCUCCUCUCCUCUCCUCUCCUCUCCGCGACGCCACAACCCAACAAAGAAGACGACGAGGAGAGGGAGAGAGAUCAAGGAGGAAGGAGGAAAAGUUCUCUCUCUCUCUCUCUCUCUCUCUCUCUCUAGAUUCGAUUCCUUUCGUCCGGCGCGGCCAACACGAAAGGCUGCGGCCGUCGCAGUCCAAUCGAUUCCCCCACCUCCUCCGCUGGCGCCGCUGCGCUCCGCUUUCCCACCCCUCGAAGCCGAAUCCGAUGGUUCCACCCGUUGACCGCCUCCGCCAUCGGAGGCCGCGCCGCGCCCUCGCACUCGGACCCCGCGCCCCACUCCUCCUCGUCCGCGUCCCCGGCCGCCGCCUAUAGAUAGCCCCGCAGGGCUCCCCGCGGCCCGGCCCCCCCGAAUGGCGGUCGGCGGCGACGACGACAUGGAGAGGGACUUCGCCGCCAGGCUCCGCCUCGCGCCCGCGGCGUCCGCUGCGGCCUCCCCGACCGCCGCCGCCGCCGGCGGGAUCGCCUUCCGCGCGCCGCAGGAGCAGUUCACCGUCGGCGACUUCGAGCUCGGCAAGAUCUACGGCGUCGGCUCCUACUCCAAGGUGGUGAGGGCCAAGAAGAAGGACACGGGCAAUGUCUACGCGCUCAAGAUCAUGGACAAGAAGUUCAUCACCAAGGAGAACAAGAUCUCCUACGUCAAGAUGGAACGCAUCGUGCUCGAUCAGCUGGAUCACCCGGGCGUCAUCAGGCUCUUCUUCACAUUCCAGGACACCUACUCCCUCUAUAUGGCGCUUGAGUCGUGCGAGGGUGGGGAGCUGUUUGACCAAAUUGCUCGGAAAGGUCGCCUGCCUGAGGAUGAGGCGCGGUUUUAUGCUGCUGAAAUUGUUGACAUUCUGGAGUAUUUGCAUAGUGUAGGCCUAAUUCAUCGGGACGUGAAGCCAGAAAAUUUACUGCUUACUUCUGAUGGGCACAUCAAGAUUGCCGAUUUCGGUAGCGUGAAGCCUACAAAGGACACCCCGAUCAAAGUCCUGCCAAAUUCCACUAACGAGAGGGCCUGUACAUUUGUUGGGACAGCUGCAUAUGUGCCACCUGAGGUCUUGAACUCUGCCCCAGCAACUAUUGGAAAUGACUUAUGGGCAUUGGGGUGUACACUGUAUCAAAUGCUCUCUGGCUCUUCACCAUUUAAAGAUGCUAGUGAGUGGUUAAUUUUCCAGAGAAUUAUCGCACGCGAUCUCAAUUUUCCUGAAUACUUCUCAGAUGAUGCGAGGGAUCUCAUUGACAAGCUGCUGGAUGUUGACCCAAGCAAACGCCCAGGUGCAGAACCUGAUGGUUAUGUGUCCUUGAAGAAGCAUCCUUUCUUUAGAGGCAUUGAUUGGAAAAAUAUAAGGAAGUUUCGGGCACCAAAGCUAGCAAUGGAGGCAAAUGCUAAUGAGGAUGAAGAUAGUCAGGACUUAAGUUGGUUGUCACACAUGGGAAGUGCACAAGACAACCAACAUGUCAACCCUGUCGGGAAUAAUGGCGCUUCAUCAUCUUCUGAAGUACGCUCCCAUAUAUCUAGAUUAGCUUCCAUCGACUCCUUCGACUCUAGAUGGCAGGACUUCCUGGAGCCUGGUGAAUCAGUUGUUUUGAUAUCAAAACUGAAGAAGAUUAACAAGCUAACAAACAAGAAGGUUCAGUUGAUCCUCACCGACAAACCUCAGCUGAUCUGUGUUGAUCCUGGGAAAAUGGUGACUAAGGGAAACAUUAUGUGGUCUGAUGACCCAAGUGAACUCAAUGUGCAAGUAGCAAACUCCUCACAUUUCAGGAUAUGCACGCCGAAGAAGGUGACAUCGUUUGAGGAUGCAAAAGAGCGUGCCUGGCAGUGGAAGAAGGCAAUUGAAGACCUACAACAGUGCCAGAAGAACUGACUAUGUCGAAUCAAGACGGCAAAUGGUGAUAUUAAGCCUUGUGUAUAACACCAUAGCCAUGCUUUUUUUUUCACCAGAAGGAACGUGGGAAAGUUAUUGCUCAUAGCCUUCUCCUGCAUCUGUGCCUGAUUGCAACGAAAUCUAUAUUCUCCUGUUGGCACAUCCGUGGAUGUUUUCUACAUUUUGUCUUUUUUUUUCUUUUCUGCCCACCUCUAAAUCUUCUUAUAGCAAACAAUUUUGCUCGUCGGUUUGUAAUUUGGUGCAGCAGAUAGCAUCAGGAUGACUGAAACGACUGCACUCUGGAACAUUUAACACAGGAAACUACAUGAGAUUGUUAAAUUCGUGUC